UUACUUACAUCGAAACACGAUUUUUCCAUACCAAUUGCGUCAGCUGCUUUGCUUCAGGUGCAGUCACUAUCGAACAACGUUCGAUAUCAUGUUCCUAUCGUUAUGGAAGUGAAAUGUGUCGUAUUCAUGUACUUUACACUGUUUGCUCUAUUGUUAUCGAUCGUAGAGGUUCGUCUUGAGGAUUUUAAUAAAAAGGGAACUAUCGAUGGCAACGAUCACAGAGGUUGUGCAUAUUUACAGUGUAGAGGGAAUGACGUCUGCGUUCAUCGAAAAUUUCGAUGUAAAGAUCCUCCGUGUCCCAGUAUGCUGUACUGCGCGAGAUCUCGAACAGAAUGUGAGCAACAGAUAGCAAGAUGUGUAUCUCAGAAGGAAUAUUACGAAGGUCCAGCUUCCUGUGCCGGGUUCAAGUGUCCUCAAGGAAAUCACUGUAUCCUCCGGGAAUCGUUCUGUGCCAACCCUCCUUGUAAAUUAAUACAAACAUGCAUGAAGAACAAAGAUGUGCAGCUUUUAUUUGUAAAAUGUCGGAAUCUUGGUUGCCCGUCGGAGUAUGAAUGUUUCUUACGAAGACCAGAGAGUAGUUGUGUGAGUCCACCUUGUAGACAUACACCAGAUUGUAUAAUGGCAACAGAGAACGAAACGACGAAUGAACAUUGUCGUGGAUGGGUGUGCCCACGAAUGCAAACAUGUUCCGCAAAAAUUGUAGAAUCUUGCGAGACGAACGACUGUAAUAUUAAAAGGAUUUGUCACAAGUCACACGUGGUGGCAGCGAAUGAUUCUUCCUCAUCUUUCUCGAGAAGAUCUCUGAAGAACAAUGACAAUGUUUCUCUGAACAAUACUGAGGUACGUUUCUUCCUUACUAUGCAGAAUGAUUUUUAUACAUCAGAUGGAAAUAUUAACCAAUUCCAAGAUUGGCUUCGAUCUAUCAAGGACAUACUCGGCUCGGACGCGUACAGUGGCUGGCUCGAGGAAAUUCUCGCGUCGUCGCGCGGCCAGCAGUUGCGAAAAUGGCUGCGAACAUCGCACGACAAGGUGAAUGCCGGGGGACCGAUAUUUCCGGGGCAGGAACGACCCGGAGGUACAUUGACGGAAAAUCCAUACGUAGUUGGCGAUACGAUGAAUACAUCGCCGCCGGACGAUUCGAGCAAAGAAGUAGAAGAACUUCUGUCUCUUCUGAGAGAGAGAAAUUUGACGAAUAUUUUAGAGAGGAUUCUUGUUCCAAGCAGAGUUCUAUUACCACCUUACGCAGCUUUGGAGGCUGCUCUUCUGAACAAUCCAAGAGAAUCUGAUCCUUCUUCAUUCUCCAAUUACCUUUUGAAAUAUCCUUCUCGUGUGGGGAGUGAAUUUUCGUCACUGCGGCCGCAGACAACAGAAAAUACUUACGAUCGACAAUAUCUUGUGGUACCAGUGAAGAAUAUGAAGGAAUUAACCGAUUCUCAAAUCAUCGAUUAUAAUUCCAACAUACGACAUUACCAUGGAAUUAUUCCUGAGAAUGAAAAGAUGCCUGAUGAACGAGAUAAUUCUUACUCUAUCAACGUUCCAGAGAGGAAGAUAAAUUUAUCAUCAACCAGAGACGAUAACUCAUCUUUGAAGACUGGAUUGCACGAGGAUUUUGAAAUGGAGUUUCCUAAGAAAGAAACGCAUUCUGAAGAUUCUAUUGGUCUUUUGGGAGACAAAAGGUUGAUGGGUAAAGCGCAGCACUUUGAUGACGUUCCUGUUGAUUUCCUGGAGAAGUUUCUUAAGUCUAUGCAGUUCUUCCCGAUUGAAAACGUGCCACAGACUUUUGAUGAGAAAUCUAUUGAAGAAUAUCGCGAAGACUACCCCUGUCAGGAUUCAUCUAAAGCUUCCCAAAAUGAGAAACACAAUGAAAACUUCGAAUGGGAUUUGACAUUUAGAAAUAAAAAUUCUGCAGAAAGUGAACAUCAAUUUUCUUUCUCCAAUGAUGAUUAUAAGAACUUUACAAACAAUGUCAAACCAAGUGUUAACGCUUCCUUUGACAAAUUAGACAAUAUUCAACAUUUCAAUUAUUCAGAUCAAUCAAACGAUAUCCAUUCAAAAUUAUCGUCAGCACAAAUUGAUGAUAAAGAGGAUGAAAAGAUAGAUUUAAAUUUGUUCUUCGAACUGAAUAAAGAAAGUCUUUUACCUUACAUACAAACCAUACUGGAAAUGAUGAACGAAGAGCACGAUACUUCCAGUCGAGAAACAGAAUUGAAUUUCGAUGGAAGUUCGCUAAAAACAUCUGUUUUGAAUAGCGAAGAAGUUGCUGCUGGUGUAACCAACUAUAAAGUAUCGAAAUCUUUGAAGACUGAACCCAACAGUAUGAAAAAAAUCCUGAAUAAUGAUUCGCAAGUCUUGGAGGAAGAAACAUUUGACAAAAUUUCUGCUAAAACUCAAGUAGAAACAGCUUCGACAAAUUCAGAGUUGCAACAGGAAAAAGAAUCGGGGACACCUGAGUUAAUUUAUGCAAACGAGGAGCCUACUAUUCGGUCCUUUUAUAAUCUGCCUAGUUACGGUGCUAGCAAUGACGAAACUGCUCUUCAGGAUACACGAAUGAAACGUAAAAAUGGAACAUCGAGUAACAUUAAAAAUUAA